CCACACAGUUGUCUCAUCAACAAAGCAUUCAAGAACAAGUGAAAAAUGCCUCUUUGGAGAGGAACUCUACCAUUGAGCAGCAACCGUUGGUUCAGAGACUCCAGCAACAAGAAACCGGGUCUGCCAUUCUUGAGUCAUCAAAGCAGACUCAUGGCUCAGGUGGGACGAAACUGACUGAACAGUUGCUCCAGCAGAAUAAAGUAGACCAGAUCCUUCAGCAAUCUAAAAUGGAGCAAGACAGUCUGGGUCGGCAAAAUAUUAUCUCUCGUAGAGACCAGCCUUCUUUGAGAUCUGUUACACCGACCUUGGUUCAUCAUAAUCCGC